AUGGCAGCGGCGGAUCUCCUGGUGAUCAUCAUCGACCUGAUCCUGAGGCACAUCCCGAUUGUUUUCAGGGGCCUAUUCCAGUUUGUGGAUUCGCUGCAUGUGUGCAACAUCCACGCCAGCUUCCUCUUUGCCGCCAGCGACUGUUCUGUCUGGUUCACCGUCUCCUUCACCUUCGACCGGUUUGUGAGCAUUUGCUGCCAGAAGCUGAAGACCAAGCACUGCACGGGCAAGAUGGCGGCCGCGGUCCUGGGAACGGUGACCGCGCUGAGCUGCCUGAAGAACAUCAGCUGGUAUUUCAUGCUCAGCGGGCAAUACUGGCUACUGAACAACCCUUGGUUUUGGUUGGUGAUCUUGGAUCCGGAGGAGGUCACGUACAUCGAGGUCGAGGUGAAAGGGGUGAUAGGUCGAUCUGUGGUGUUGGAAUGCGGCCAGUCCUUGCCCACCAUUUACAUCUGGGGAUUCACCCGGCCUGGGUCCAGCGGCAUCCGAGCCGUGCUCUAUGACUACGGGAUGGGCGCCAAACUGCAGAAGAUGGCUUCCGCGUUCGGUGAGGUGAAAGUGCUCUCCGACAGUGCGUCGCUGGUCAUAGCCAAUCUGCAGCUGGCAGCGGAGGGCCGCUUCACGUGUCAAAGCUUGUACGACAGCAACGAUGGAGCCAGGCUGGUGUACAUCUAUGUGGAUCUGCACGUCCUUGUUCCAAUUACCAACCCGUCCAUUCAGAUGAGCACCUCGGCGCCAGUGGAAGGCUCCACGGUUUCAAUCCUGUGUUCUGUGGAGAAUGGGACUGGGCCGCUGGAGUACACCUGGAGCAGGCAGGCGACUCUGUCCAGGAGCCCCGUCAACAUCUCCCAGACAGACAGCAGCCUGCUCAACCUCACCACGGUAAACAGGAACCACACCGGCUGGUACACCUGCUCUGCCAGGAACGAGGUGAAUGAGGCCAGCAGCAACCGGGUCUGGCUCGACGUCAUCUAUGGACCUGAUCAGCCAGCCAUCAACAUAACUCCCUACUCUCUCAAUUCAGUCGGUUACUCAGCCAUUGAGCAAGACACCGUGUCCAUGAUCUGUUCAGCCCCAUCCAACCCGCCCAGCCAGUACGUGUGGUUCCACAACAACUCACAGGUCUACGCCGGGCAGCAGUUUGUCAUCGAGAGGAUCUCCCAAAGUCAGACGGGGACGUACAUGUGCCUUGCCCACAACACAGUCCUCAACACCAGAACUAAGUCCGCCAUCCUACUCACUGUCUACUGUGAGUAUUCCCGUGAGCCCAAGCAGGAGCUCAUACUAAUGUUAAUUAAGAAUUGGAACAUCCUAAUGAUUGAGACAAAUGUAAUCUGUGCUCAUGAGCUUCAGUUGGAGGACGAGGGGCCAUCCAGUCACAAGCCUUGGUUUGCUCACCUUACAGGUGGAGACCCUGCAGCGACCCUGCGCUGGGUUAAUCCGCUGAGCGGCAGCAUCGAUGCUGAGGGGAGGUCCAGUGUUUCGAGAGUCAUCCAAGGCCAGGAGAUGGCACACAACAGUACGUACGCCUGCAGGCCUUCCCACCCAGCUCUGAGGGCUGACUGGUCGUGCAAAACCACCGCACUGUUGCCUGAAGGACGGCCCACAUGUACUGCAACCAGCGUGAAGAGCUUGGUAUAUACCAUGCUGUCGUGUAGCUGGGAAGGGGGCCUACCACAGGCUUCACUGCAGUGGACAGACUGGAGAAGUGUCUUCUUGGGCAAGGCUGAACGAUCCAUCAAUAACCAAGUGCUAAAGUCCAGCCCAGCAUACAAUGGCAAGCAAUUCAUCUGCCAAGCGACACAUCCGUUGACCAGAAAGGCUCCCAACCUUCUCACCCUGAGAAAUGCAGUGACAGUUUUCGAGGGGAGUGACGUCCACAUGACCUGUGUCCUCAAAGCUGCCUACCCCGCCUCAGAGAUCGCCUGGCACAACAACAGGAACGAAAGCAUCUGGCUCAGGCCCAAGAAGUACCAGCUUCACCACGAGGCCUUCUGGUCAAACUUGACCAUUCGGGAGACAGACGGAGACGUGGACAAUGGGACAUACUGGUGCACAGCCGUCAACGUGGUGGGGAGCGCGACCAUGGGCAUCAAGCUCCGUGUGAACAGUGAGUCAGCCUUUCCCCACCGCUUAGCUCUAUGUGUUUUCUUGAUGGCUCUACAUGCUGUGGUACAACAAGUGAUUGUCCCUCUGCCCCUCACAGAGUAUCCUACGCCGCCAAACGUCACCAUCAGCAAGCUGUUGUACAGUCGCCAGAGGACAGAGGUGGACCUGGAGUGGAUAACCCGAGGGGUUGGCGAUUUAACUGGCUUCAUGGUGCAGAGACGACCAGCAAGGAGGUCCCUCGCUGGUCGGGCCACAGGCAACUUGAAGGAAUCCAUCAUCGACCCACACAUUCCCUGGCAGGUUGUCGCCAAUGCCAUUGACCCUGCGGUCAGGGGUCACAAACUGGGCGGGAUGGACCCUCGCGUCUUAUACGCUUUCCGCAUCUUGGCCGUCAAUCACAGGACAACAGGGUAUCCUUCAGAAGUGAAAACUCCAGCUGACCCACCGUUCAGUGCUUUGCCAGCAGUGAUUGGUGCUGCCGUGGUCGGGAUGCUGGUUGCCGUUGCCGGGACCAUGUUGAUGUUUCGCUACGUUAUACGGAACCGUGAAAACAUUCCAUGGUUACAUGACCUGCUGUUUCAACAUGAACUGCAGGAGCAGAUUAACUUGCCGGAGGACGCUGAGGUUGCGUUGCCAUCCGAGGGAGAUGAUCCUGAGGUUGCGUUGCCAUCCGAAGGACAAGAUGCUGAGGCCAGCAGGGAACAGGCGGAAGAGUCCAGUCCCGGAGCUUCGGGAGAGGAGGCAGGCACCGCAGAAGCAACCAUCGAGCCUUCAGUCAAUGAUGAGCAGGACGAGGCUGCAGCAACUGAGCCACCCGCUUCCUGAGGGCUGGAGAUGGAGCCGCUGGAGUUUCAUCGCCAUUGUGGAGCACCAAAACCUUCAUAAAGUCUCAAUAAUAGUUCGUCGCUCGAUUAAUUUGAAAACAACACACGUAAAAUAAACAUCAUAUGAGCUUAAUUGUUUCUGAUCAAGUACUGCCUGGCAACUAGAAAUAAUGACCAUUGUCUGUCCUUUACGGUGGCAUAUUGGUGCAGUUUCUCCCUCACUUCGCCAGAGACCCGGGUCCAUCCUCAUCUCGGGUGCUGCCUGGGUGGAGUUUGCACGUUCUCCCCGUGACCGCGUGGGUUUUCCCCAGGUGCUCCGGUUUCCUCCCACAUUCCGAAGACGCGUAGGUUUGUAGGUUGAUUGGGUUCUGUAAGUUGUGCACAGUGUGUAGGAUAGAACUAGCCAAUGGGUGAUCGCUGGUCGGCAUGGACUCGGUGGGCCGAAUGGCCCGUUUCCAUGCUGUCUCUCUAAAACUAAAACUAAUGCUAAACUAGGGACGAAUUUCCCAGCUUGCUAUUUUGAUCAGGAGUGCAGGGCCAUCUCUAACUGGCUCACUACCCGCCCAUUCUGCUCCUUGUACAUUCUCCAGUAGUCACCUUGAUUGCUGCCCCCAUUGUUUCUAGUGGGAUCUUUGAUGACAUCUGAUUCCCAUGAUGGUUUGUGCCAGACAUCAUUUUCUUUCGGGAAUUGCUAUUGGUAGCAUUGCAAGGGAAAACAUUAACGGAAUAAUCAGAGGAAGUAGGGUAGCUCAGCUGUAACAUUCCGAUCGAUAUCCCCGGAGAAAACCUAUGCGGUAACAGGGAGAAUGUGAAAAUGUCACCUGUUGCCAGGGUUGAACCUUGGUCCCCUGAGAACCCCGUUGAAUCCUGGCUACAGGUGCUGUCUGUGUGGAGUUUGCUCGUACCAGGUGGCCCCUUGACCUCUGGUGAGGCAGUAACUCUGCUGCAUUCCCAUGAACUCCCCUCAGAUUCUAAAACUCACUGGGGACAAUUUACAGCAGCCCACCAACCCACCAAUUUGCACUUCUCCGGGAUGUGGGAGGAAACCAGAGCACCCAGAGGAAGCCCACAGGGUUGCAGGGGAAGCUUCUGCAGAUGCACCAUAGGAAACAUCCUGUCAGGUUGCAUCACAUCCUGCCUAAGACCUCUGAAAUUGCAGAGAGUAGUUGCAGAGAGUAGUAGAUGUGGCCCAGUCCACCAGACUGGCCAGACUUCCCACCAUUGACUCCAUCUACACCCACGCUACCUCAUCAAAGCAAUCAACAUAAUCAAAUACCCACUCCCCGGUCAUUCUUUCGUCUCCCUGCUUCAUCUGACAGAAGGUACAGAAGCUUGAAAGAACGCACCACAGACUCAGGAACAGCUUCUGCCCCUCUGUGACCAAGUUUCUACAUGGCCCUUCCACAAGCUAGGGGACUGAUCCAGUCAUCUCUCGACCACAUUGUGAACAUUGGACUGAGUUUAUGUAACUGAUUUGGAUUUGGAUUUGGAUUCAUUUAUUGUCAUUGUCUUCAAUUAAGAGACAACAAAAUACUAUUUUCCUUACAGUCAUACAAGUAAAAAAACACACAACACAGAACACAGUAGUCCACAACACAAACAUCCCUACAGCGUACCAAAGUUCCCCACUGUGAGGGAAGGAACCAAAGUCCAGUCAAACUCCUCGCUGAUGUUCCCCAAUGUUCCCCCGUGGUCGGGGUCCCCCCGAUCCCUCCGCAGUUGCGCUACGGGCGGCCUGAUGCUCAGGCCCUCUCGCCGGGAAUGAUGGAACCCCGAUGUCGAAAGGUAGAACAUCUUCAGCUGCCUGUACCUCUAAAUCAGCCACCUCCCACCGGAGUCCGCAGCUCCCGAUGUCCACAGGCCGAGCUGGGUGGAGAUUCACGCUGGCGACUCCCGACAAAGGUUCCCAGGGCUCCGCGAUGUUAGUCAGCGCCGCCUACGCUGGGAGCUCCGCAACCACAGCUCCACGAUAUCGAUGCAGCAGGCCCAACACUCCGGAGCUCCAAACGGCAAUCCCAGGUAAGGACUUGCCCGCUCCGCGAUGUAUCCAGCGCUGCGUUGCCGCUGCUAAAGCUGUGGUCUGGUCCCGGCAGGAAAGGCCGCGCCAAUCCAGCUGGUAGGCCGCGAGGAGGGGGCGAGAACGUGACUUGGAUAAUAGUCGCAUCCUCGCCAGGAAGUGGCUGAAGGAUGGUUUCCCCCUUGCCAUGCCCUCUUCCCCCCCCCACAUA